CGCCCGGCGGCCGAGCGAAAGCCGGAGCGGACGUUCCCGCCGACGCCUCACUCACAGGCUCCUCUCUUCACCCCCGUGCCCGUCGUUCGCGUUGGCACCUGCCGCACGAGGGGCGCUGCGGAGCCCUGCUGCGUUCUUCAUGCGCCCUUUUUCAAAAAUACCUCGCCAUCAGCGACCCAGUUGUCGCUCCAUUACUUCCUGUCAGUGCUGGAUGACAAAACCUUGAACGUAAAAAAAAAAUAAAUAAAAAUAAAUGUUUUCUGAUACAGCUGUAAAGUAAUCCAUUUGGGGUAACACGGGGUGAAUAGCGUUCAUCGCUAACGCAGAGACGUUUCCCUGUGGAUUCCUCAAGGGGGAAGAAUGGCCACGUGCCGCAGCCCGCGGGACGCGCGGAGCCGCGUGGACCUGGGCGCCCAGUACAUCACCCGCACGCCCCGGUACGCCCGCGCACACCACGGUUUUUAUGAUGAGCUCUUAGCUCAUGGCGUUUUGAAACCUCUGACCUCUCCUAUUGAAGGAAUGGUGACGAAAGAAGGAGACGCUAACUUUGUGGCACCUCAAGGAGUUUCUUCAAUUAUUAAGCAUUACUUGCAAGAAUCAGGUGCUGAUAUCUAUUUCAGACAAUGUGUGACCCAGAUCAACCUGAGAAAUGACCAGUGGGAAGUCUCCAAGGAAACGGGCUCCCCUGAACUGUUUGAUGUUGUCAUACUCACGAUGCCAGUUCCUCAGAUUCUGCAGCUUCAAGGUGACAUCGUGAACUUGAUUAGUGAAUGCCAAAGGCAGCAACUGGAGUCUGUGAGCUACUCCUCUCGCUACGCUCUGGGCCUCUUUUAUGAAGCUGGCACGAAGAUUGAUGUCCCUUGGGCCGGGCAGUACAUCACCAGUAAUCCCUGCAUACGCUUCAUCUCCAUUGAUAAUAAGAAACGCAAUAUAGUGUCAUCAGAAAUCGGGCCCUCGCUUGCCAUUCACACUACUGUCCCCUUUGGAGUUACAUACUUGGAACACAGCAUGGAGGAUGUACAGGAGUUAAUCUUCCAGCAGCUGGAAAACGUCUUACCAGGUUUGCCUCAGCCGAUUGCUACCAAAUGCCAGAAGUGGAAACAUUCACAGGUUACAAAUGCUGUUACCAACUCUCCUGGCCAAAUGACCCUUCAUCUGAAACCUCUCCUUGUGUGUGGAGGAGACGGAUUCACUCAUUCCAAUUUCGAUGGCUGCAUCACUUCUGCCUUGUGUGUUCUGGAAGCUUUAAAGAAUCAUAUUUAGUACCUGUAAUUCUUUUUUUUUAAUUUUCAAUUGCAGCUGACAUACAGUAUUAUAUUAGUUUAAAGUGUGCAACAUAGUAAUCAGACAUUUAUAUAACUUCUGAAGUGAUCACCCCGAUAAGUCUAUUUAGUGCCUGUAUUCUUAUCUUCCACAUGUACUUUGGGUUUUUGUUUUCACAAUUUCCUGUUAUUGAUUGCUUUGUUUUCCAUUUUGUUGAGAGAAAUUACAGAAAAAUUGUUCUUCACUUGUCAUUUUUUUUAUAUGGAGUAUAAAAUUGAUUUUAUAAUUUUGAUAGUUACAACCCAGGCUAGAAUAAAAGUUCCUUGAACCUUAUACCUUUUGCCACCUUUCUGAGUUGCCAUGACUACUCCUUGAUAGAGGAAAAGCAGAGCUUAAGAAUAACAAAUGACCCUCCCAAAAAAUUAUGUCAAAUCAAAGUAACUGUUCAUGUUCCCAAACCUUUAUUAUUCUUUUGAAAAUUCUGCCUCCAAAUAAAGAAAAAUCAUUAUCAAAGGCCCGUUUUUAAACUUCAAGUAUGCUCUUGGUUCAGUAUUUCUGCAAACUGCUGGACGAUGAAUUUCCUGCAAGCUGUGACUAACAGUGUCAUUUCUGUUUCUCAUUUCUCUCCAAGUUAUUAAAUGAUGCUGAAUUGUAGGUUGUAUAUGUCCUUGUCUCUAGGGCCACAGUUUGGAGGGCAACUUGACUGAUGAAGAAAAUAACCAGAUUCAACUUGACUUUCUAAGUCACACAGUACUUUUUAACUUAAAAAAAAAAAAUCCAGUCUUAUUAUGACAAGUAAAAAUUAAAUAGAAACUGAGAGAAAAUAUAUUGAUCUUUACCUUUCAUUAUCUCUUAGAGCUGCUGCUGUUACUUUUAUGUGUGUCCAGUACGUGCUGUGACACUUAGACUGGAUCAAGUUUAAUGAAUUUAAUGCAACCCCCCAAAAAUGUACUGAACCAGAAAAUAAAUGCACUUCAAAUAGUUCAAUAUUUGCCAACUUAGUGAUUGUCACAUGCUUCAGUGACAACCCAGUGACCUGCUGGCUGGAGAGAAAUUGAUCCCCAGCCUUCCAAACAAGCUACCUGUUGCUAAUUUAAAAAGCGAAAUGGCGAGUUCUAUAUUAUGAUUUUGAAAGGGGAAAAAAUUGGUAUAGCCUCUCAAACUAAGAAAAGUUCAACAAAAAACUUUUUAUCUUGGUAAUAACCUAAAUUUCACACUUGCACACCCUCUAAUUAGACAUACACAUGUACAGGCAUGGGCAGAACUUGCUUAUGUGGCUACAAAGUGGGCUUUAUGAUCCUAUAGAAUGUUAUAUGUGUCCUUUUAGCAAUCAAUUGAUGAAAAACAGAGAUGCCUACAUGUAGUUAAUGUCACUUAUUUUUGAAAACAGGGAAAGAAAGAGGGAAAUUAAUGUGAUCUCUGCUAUGCUAUGAUAAAAAAUAUUGAGACUUCUUUCAUCAUUUAGACCCCAUUUGAUUGACAUUUGUUUUUAUUUUGGCUUUAUCUUGAAAUAUGAUAGAAGAGUCAUUCAAGUGUAUUAACUAUUUUGUUUUUAAUAUAAUUCUGGAGUCAUUUGACUGAUACCAUCCUGAAGCUUUAAGAACAAUAUUAUGUUUGUCUCAUGAAUGUAUGUCCUCCAAAGAAGAGAGAGAGAAAAAACAAUUUAUAAGGGUGGAGUGGGAUACAUAAAGACAGAACUCCUCUAAGCCAUUUCUGAUGACUUUUAAUAGCUAUUCGUUUUGUUACCCUAAUAAUUCUGUACGUAGAUCAUUGUUACACUGCUGUUUUAAUCACUUUGAAGACUCAUUUUACAUUUAGAUAUGUCUCUGAUAGGAGAGGCCAAUCCCCUGAUGCUCAAAUAGGAAGUAAAAAAUGUAUCAAACGUUCGCGCUCUUCAUUUUCAUUUACCCCUUCCCCGCAGAAAUGCAGGGGAUGUGGGGUUCUCCUGUGCUCGAAGCCAUCCCAGAGGCCGUGAAACGCAGAUGGCCAGGCACCCUAAGAGACCCAGGGCUAAGGUGGCAGGCUCCCUGGAAAACAGGGGUCAGCACCGUUCGGAACAGUUGCCAAGGUGUCUGUAUGUCAGCCCGCAGGACCACACCGCACCACGGUAUUUCCAAACAAGAGCGUUUAUUAAUCACGCCGGCCAAGGAGGGCUGCUCUGUUUUGAAAGGAGCAUAUUCAAGUGAGAAACGGCUUGAGCAGCGGGGUGAUUGAAUACUUGUUAGCUGAUAAAUAUAGCCUUUGCCGGGAUAAAACUUUAUGAUGCCGUGUUGAAAAGCUUAAUUACUAAACUGUCUGUGCACGUCUUGCUCAGGCAGCAAGGGUGACAAAUUACAGCGGCAGAAUAGCAUUUUUCUCCUUCGGCGUUUCUGAAGGGGAGAAGCGUGUCUGAAGACACCGAGAAAGCAGUGACAAUCCUCGGCCGGAUAGCGGGGAGAAAGCGACACUUCACUGGGCCGCCAAGCCUUCUGUGCACAAUGCCGUCGUCCCCACCCCCCACCGACCCAUUAUCCUGUUAAGUAAAAAGAACAAGGUCCGUUUUACAUUUAUCUGGUAUUUUAUACUCAUCCAAGUAUGUAUAUAACUGUCCAUCUCCCUAAGGCCCUCGGGAAGCAAGCAGAACAAGGAAUUCUUAUUCACAUCUGACAAAUGGGGAAACUGAGGCACGGGGCUUGGCCAACCAAGGUCCCAUAGCGAGAUGCCAGGACAGGACCCAGGCUCCCCUGAUCCAUUCCGUCUUCCGGGGCGCCUGCUGCUGUCAGAUGAACUUGCUCAUUAGGGCUGAGCUGCAAGGUUAGUUGGAGGUGCAGUCAGCGCCGGAGGUCGGGUUGCUGAUCUCAUUUCAGAGCCGCUGACGCUGGCCCUGAUGUGACACACGCAGGAUACAGUCUCCACGGGCACUGGCUAGCCGGUUUCUAUUCCCAUUACUUCCAUUUGCUGGUUUAUUUUCCUUCUUUGGGGCUCCUGCUGUGAGAAACAGACGCCUCCUAAAGACUCUGAAUAUCAGCCUCGGUAUUGCUAGGCUAGCUACUGACAGCAGCCGUCGCUUCCUGCUCUGUUUCUUCAUUAGUUUUGUUUCACUCUCCUCUGUCGUUUCUUUCUCUUUUUUUUUUUCUCCUGCUUCUUCCCCUAUCCCCCAUUCUCCAUGCUCAGAAACCUGGAAUAUAAAUGCAAUCACAUCAUGAUUCAUAUCAUUUGUUCUAUCUUAUUUUAAUAUAUCUUUUUUUCCUAAAAUUUAAAGCAGUUGAUUCUGCAUUUGAUUCAAGUAGACCUGAUAACCAUUAUUUUGAUUUCAGAAGUGAUGUAAGAAUUUAAAACUGGCUGUAGCGAUAGCGGGGAUCUCAGCGCUGAUAACCUAAAAGACACGUGCAAAACAUGGAAUCGGGCUCUGUGGUGGAGAUGGUGGAAUAUCAGCAGCAAUCUCCACCUAAAGAGCUUAGCUAGGGGAAGACAAGUCACUGGGAGUGGAAGGCAGGGUUAAGGUUCAUGUCCUUGUCAUGGCAGGCAGUAAAUUAGAUGCUCUAACUCAUGAAGCUGCGGAAUCCUGAGAGAAAGGACCCUGUUUCCUUAGGAGAGGGCCCCUGAGCAGAUGCGGAGAUGCGUCAGGCCAACACAUCCCUCCACACCCUGGGCAGACCUGGAUGACGCCUGGAACCCAAACUGCAAAGCAGGACAAGGGAGUCCUUUCUGCGGAGAAGGCCGAGUGGCACACAGCGAGUGGGGAGAGGAGAAAUCCUCAGCGAACCUCAGACUUGCUCGUGUAGGACUGAGCUGCUGUCUUCCAGGCUGGAGUGUGCUUGUGUCUUGGCCGGUAUCAUCUGGCCAGGGAAGACUGGAGUGGUAAUGCUUCCUUCUCAACAGACAGCGGUUCUAGUCCACGUAAGAGUUCAGAGCAGAAGCCACCAAAUGGACUCGCUGAAGGGGAAGACUGUCUAGGAGAGUGGUAAUUUAAAAGGAAUGUAGAAUCUCAGAAUCUUGGAAAUUGAAGUUUAGAGGGCUUGGAGACCAUUUAGACCAGUUUUUAACCAUCUGUGGAAAACUAUAGAUCUUCUAAUAACAGCAAUAAAAAUAAAUAUGCACGUAGAAUUUGCGUACUAUUUUAGAGCCUGUUUUUGUAAAUAAAGGUUUAUUGUAUCACA